AUGGCGGACAGGCGGAGCAUGGUUUCCUCAUUCCUCUGAACUCUGACCGCGACUGAAGAAAACCAAACAAAGACCGGUUAUAUAUCGGUGUCCGCCGCAGAAACCGGAUCCGACACAAGCGUCUGUUUUCACGGUCUGUGCCAGGUGAUUUUUUUUACCAGCAACAUGAGGAUGCCGUCGGUGGAGGCGGCAGCAGCAGCGAGCGGGCUGAAGCAGUGCCGGCAGGCCCAGGGUCAGCUGGAGGAUGCCAUCAAUGGUGUGACGAAGGCCGAGCAGCAGCUGAGAGAAAACGCCCGAGAGGUGCGUUCGGAGCUGCAGAGCUGUGUGAGUCGUCAGCAGGAGGCGCUGCGCUGCAGAGAGGUUUGGCUGCUGGGUCAGAUCGAGCUGCUGGAACAACUCAAGGCUGAAACUCUGCAGCAGCAGCUGCACCAACUGCACUGGCUCCGGGGUCAGUUUGACAUCAUCGCUCAUCAGCUGCAGAACUCCAACAGCAGUAACGACCUGAACAACCAGCUGACCAGCUGCAUGGAGAAGUUGUCUUCUCUGAGUCUGACACCAGAGGAAACACCUGAGAUGAGUUUCCAAGCCGACACUCGCUCUCUGAGACAGGCCAUCACCUCAUUCGGCAGCAUCACUGCACAGCUUGUUGAGGGUAUGUCUUCUCAGAUCCCCGCCCACCAGAGAGGUCAGCUGCAGACUUGUCCAAUCGCAGCCAAGAAACAGAAGACCGAGGUCGCAGCUCUGGGCGACUGGCUGCUGGGAACCCGUCCAACCAGCAGCGCUCCUAUUAGUUACCAGUCCAGCAAGAACCCUCAGGAUUGGUUGAUGUCACACAAGGAGAGCAAGACUUCCUGUCCCGUCCUGGCCUCGGUGGACUUCCUGCAGGCCUGGGGUCAGCUCAGGGACCUGGAGGCGUGGCUGCUCCGGGACCAAGCCCCCGUCAGCAGGGAGAGGACCAGCAGCAGCUGCAGCUCCUCCUCCUCCUUCUCCAUCGAGAAGAUCGACGAAUCAGAGUUCACCGUCACUCCUGAGGAGGAGGAGGAGGAAGGGGGGGAGGAGGAGCUGAACGACUGGCUCAUCACCCCACCCACUGUAGCCAUGGAGGCCAUUUCAGACGCCGAGCGGUGGCGGCAGGUGUUGAAGCCCUUCGAGGACGGCUGGGCGUGCACUGAUUGGCUGGCGGGGUCAAGCCCCCCGGCCGGCGACUGCUCCUCCUGCUGUCAGACCACCAAAGCCUUGGAGAUCGAGAACCUGGGCCAGCUCAAGUGCCUGAAGACCCCGCCUGCCACCAGCCCCGCCUCAAGCCCCACCACCCCGGCGCCCCCUGCGGUCGCCCCGGUGACGGCCCUGGAGGCGUGGCUGCAGCAGGCGGUUCCGGUGCAGCAGACCUGCAGGGCCAACGAGCUUUGCUCCGCCUACUCGGAGUGCGUCUGUGAGGAGAACUGUGGGAAAGAAGCUCUGAACGUCUGGCUGCUGCAGCAGGACGGGCGAGACAAGAACGGAGUCCCCGUGGUCAAGAACGCCCCCACAACCGAAAAAAACACCCCCACACCCUUGAAAACAGCCCCACCCACCCUGCACCACAGAGAGCAGGAGCAGAAGGUUCAAGCUAUCCUGGAGGCCUGGCUCCACCCCACCAAGACCUCCUCCUCCUCCUCUUCCUCCUCCUCCUCCUCCUGCAGGACUCCUCUGAAGGCUCUCACCUCCUCUCUCUCCGGCUGGGUGGCUCCUGAGACGGAGAAGGCCAGCAGGGAGGACCACAGCUCUGACUUCAAGCCCUCCUCCUCCCUGUUCCAGUGCCCUCUGGAUCCAGAGCUCUGGGUCCUCCCAGGAAAGACUCAGACUCCUGCUCCGGGGUCAGGAGGUCAGCCCCACCCCGCCGAGGAGGAAGACAAGUGGCUGCUGAAGAAGAGGAGUCAGGCUCAGGAGCGUCUGGCGUUACCUACAGUCUGUGACCUGUUCUCCUGUAUGAAGGUGGGCGGGGACAAAGAAAAAUGGCUGCACAAAGCUCCUGUACAGAUGUGACGACGACGAUGACGAUGUUUCUUCUUCUCACUUGAUCGCUGAUCAGCGCACACGACAAUAACAAUCUAACCAUCGCCUUCCUCCUGUGACAUCACAACGCCGAGCCGCUGCUCUCCUCCGAUCAGGAUCAGACUGAUCAGGACACUAAGAUACAAACUGUGGAGAUUAAAUAACCUUACCUCUGUCGGAGCUUUCAACCACGUCUCACAGUCUUCAUCUGGAAGGAAAACAGAACUGAUGUGGUUGAAAGCUCAGGAAAAGCUUUUAGAAUAAGAAUGUGAGUAACGGACUGAGCCUCGUUCACUUCAUCCAGAAAAUCAUGAGCUGAUUAAUAAUUAGUGAAAAUAAUUAUCUGCUGUCCUGCUUAAAGCCCUUUAACUGAUUAUUAUUAUUAAGUGAUUACUUAUAAAUCAGUUAUUAAUUAGUUAAUCAAGUCACAAACAUCUGUGACAGCUGAGGUUUGUUUUGAGUUUGUCAUCAGCUGAUCCUGACAGGAGGAGAGGGGCGGGGUUAAUGCUAGAAUGGGCGGGGUAACUCAGGGGUGGGUGGGAUUAAAGCUAAAUAUACAUAUAUAUAUAUAGUAGCCUUUAUUUUAAUGGAUCUUAUUUUAACAGCUGUUUUUAAGAGACUUUUAUUCCUUUUCUUUCGUUCUCCUGUGAACCUGCUGGAACCUCAGAGUUCCACCUCCUGUCUGCUCAGACUGCCGGCCGCCGUCUGAGCUUCAGUUUAAAUGUGAUUUUAGUCUCCAUGACGAUGCCUGUUCUCUCUAUGUGACGCGGCAUCGUUAACAGCCUGAAUCAGAAAAUGUACAGGAUCAAAGAGAAAGAACUUCCUUUCCCAGAAUGCCUUGUGUGGAGGCGGCCUGCAGUCUGUGAGCAGACGGGUGUCAUGACUCUGUUGUCAGCAGCGAUUGGUGCUUUUUAUUGAAGCUCUGCUGUGGUCUUUGGGGGGGGGGGGGGGGG